UACAUAGUGAAGAGCGCAACUGCAAUCUAUGCUUGUAUUCCAACGACAAUCUAUCGCUUCUUUUUACUCGUACCAUUGAUUAAUUCGAACGCUCAUACGUCGUGUGCGCACAUGGUUCCAGGACUUAAAUUGAAGUGCUUUCCCUCAGAUUUCCUCAUAAUCUCUUCCAACGCGCUACGAUCAGUGUUGCAGUAAUCCUCACGCGAUAAAGAGUGCUUUUGUUGAACUGAUUUUGUGAUAAUUACUUCUAAUCUAGUUUUGCAAAUCUAGUUUUUGGUGUAAAAGAAGCUGACCAGUUAUCAGAACUCGCCGAGAUUGACGAUCAGAAAUAAUAACAUGAGUGGUACCUUGAAGAAUGUCCUUGUGGUUGGUGGUGGAGGUCGUGAACAUGCAAUCUGCUGGAAGCUGGCUCAAAGCCCAAAAGUGGCCAAAGUGUACGCCUUGCCAGGCAGUCCAGGUAUCGGGCAAUUGGAUAAAGUGUCUCUCGUCAGCAAUAUCAGUGUGGCGAAUCUCGAUGCGAUAGUUGCUUGGUGCAAGAGCAAUGUGAUCGAUCUGGUUGCGGUGGGACCUGAAGAUCCGCUCGCUCAGGGUAUCGGCGAUAAGCUCCAGUCGGCGGGUAUCAAGUGCUUUGGACCGAGCCUAAAGGGAGCCCAGAUCGAAGCCGACAAGAACUGGUCCAAGGACUUUAUGCACCGACAUGGGAUUCCGACAGCGCGUUAUUCGUCGUUCACCAAGGCGGAGGAUGCUAAAGUGUUCAUCAGGAGCGCUUCGUUCGAUGCACUGGUGGUAAAAGCCAGCGGUCUGGCAGCCGGUAAAGGUGUGAUCGUGGCGGAAAACAAAGAUCAAGCCUGUGCAGCGGUAGACGAAAUCCUUGGUGACAAAAAGUUCGGUUCCGCUGGCGAUGUGGUGGUAGUGGAAGAGAAACUAACCGGUGAGGAAGUCUCAGUGCUCGCGUUCGUUGACUCCAAAACCGUCCGUGUAAUGUUGCCAGCACAGGAUCACAAACGUCUGCAAAAUGAAGAUCGAGGACCCAACACCGGCGGAAUGGGAGCCUACUGCCCCUGUCCUAUUAUCUCCCAGGAAGAGCUGAAGGUAGUCACGCGAGAAGUGCUGCAGCGCGCCGUAGAUGGUCUACGUAAAGAAGGCAUCAAAUACAACGGCGUAUUGUAUGCAGGAAUGAUGCUCACCCCCAGCGGACCGAAAACCUUGGAGUUCAACUGCCGCUUCGGCGAUCCAGAGACGCAGGUCAUUUUACCCCUUCUCGAAAGCGACCUGUUUGAGGUCAUGCAGGCCAGUUGCGAGGAUCGCUUGGAAGGAGUGGAUCUGAAGUUCCGACGAGAUGUUCACGCCGUUGGGGUUGUUAUGGCGAGCAAGGGUUACCCGGAGACGUCAACCAAGGGCUGUGUCAUUAAAGGUCUUGAUGAAAUCGAAAAACGCCCUGAUCAUCUAGUUUUCCACAGUGGUGUUGGUAAGAACGCUGAUGGCGACUAUGUUACCAAUGGCGGUCGAGUUUUGAUCAACGUAGUUCUUCAGCCAAGCCUUCGGUCAGGAGCAGCGCUUGCAUCAGCAGCAUGCUUCGAUGUUAAAUUCGAUGGUUCCCAGUACCGGACCGAUAUUGCCCAAAAGGCAUUAAAAUACUCGCAACUGACGUACAAAGGAAGUGGAGUUGACCGCGAAGCAGAAAGCGACCUCCUGAAGAGAAUCGAACCAUUAGCAAGAGGUACCGAUCGUCCAGGCACUUUGCGGGACUUCAAAGGAUUUGGUGGUCUGCUACGAAUGAAAGAGGUUACAUACGAGGACAAAACCGGUAAGCGUGUAACUUACGAAGAUCCUGUUUUGGUACAGGGCACGGAUGGUGUUGGCACAAAGUUGAAAAUAGCUGAGGCCAUGAACUACUGGGACAGCAUUGGAAUUGAUCUGGUGGCGAUGUGCGUCAAUGACGUUCUUUGUGCCGGCGCAGAACCGUUGGCCUUCCUCGACUACAUAGCAUGUGGUAAGCUGGACGUCCCGACGGCUGCACUGAUCGUGAAGGGUAUCUCAGAGGGUUGCCGUGAAACUAAUUGUGCUUUGCUGGGAGGCGAAACGGCCGAGAUGCCAUCGAUGUAUGAGCCUGGCAAGUACGAUCUGGGUGGCUAUUGCGUAGGAGUUGUGGAACACAAUGCGAUUCUCCCAAGAGUAGACGAUAUCAAGAGUGGUGACCUUCUGAUCGGACUUCCAUCUAGUGGAGUGCACAGCAAUGGAUUCAGUUUGGUGAACAAAAUUCUGGAGGCCAAUGGAUACAAACUCAAUGAUGUGGCUCCAUUUAGUAAACACAAGCUAUCGUUUGGAAUGGAACUGCUUAAGCCUACUACAUUGUACAUCAAAUCAGUGCUGCCAGUCCUACGGAAAGGACAAGUUAAAGCUUUAGCGCACAUAACCGGCGGGGGUUUAGUCGAAAAUAUUCCUCGGGUGUUAACUGCCGACCUAGCGGUUGAAAUCGAUGCGAAGAAUUUCAGAAUUUUACCAGUUUUCGGAUGGUUGGCAGCCAACGGUAAUGUCCCAGACUCUGAAAUGUUGAGAACUUUCAACUGUGGUAUUGGUAUGGUCCUGGUGGUACCUGCCAACGAUAAGUCCUGGGAAUCACUCAAAAACUACGGCGGUACCGUCAUCGGUAGGGUCCUGAACCGCACAUCAAACAACACACCACAAGUCGUCGUUAACAACUUCAGCCAAGCGAUCGCGGAAGCCUCUAAACCUUUCAAAGGUACCAAUGCGAAAGUAGCCAUUACGUACAAAGACAGUGGAGUAGACAUUACCGCUGGAGACAAUUUGGUGACAAAGAUUAAACCGUUCGCAAAAUCAACCACCAUAAAAGGUUGCAUAGGUGGUCUGGGAGGUUUUGGUGGUCUAUUCAGAAUGAAUGAAGCUGGAUCCUUUAGGGACCCAGUUCUUGUCUUGACGACUGACGGUGUUGGCACCAAACUGAAGAUCGCACAACAGAUCAACCAACACGGAACGAUCGGCAUAGACCUGGUAGCCAUGAGUGUCAACGACGGUUUGUGCAAUGGAGCUCAUCCUAUGAACUUCUUGGAUUAUUAUGCUUGUGGCCAAUUAGAAGUUGACGUAGCAGCUCAAGUUAUUGCGGGAAUUGCCAAGGGUUGCACCGAAAGUGGAGCAGCUCUGCUCGGAGGAGAAACAGCAGAAAUGCCAGGAAUGUAUGAAAAAGGAAGUUAUGAUCUCGCCGGGUUUGUACUGGGUAUUGCGGAAUACGACCAACUGCUGCCGAGAACUACCAGUGUAACGGAAGGUGACGUUAUUAUUGGGUUGCCAUCAUCCGGUCUGCACAGUAACGGAUUUAGUCUAGUUCACAAAAUCAUUGACUAUGCAGGACUAAGCUAUAACGAUCGCGCUCCUUUCAGUGCCACCAACAAAUCUCUUGGAGAAGAACUUCUAACGCCAACACGAAUCUACGCCAAAGAACUUCUCCCUCUGCUGAAAUUGAAUCUCAUAAAAGCUUCUGCUCACAUCAGAACCGGAGGACUGGCUGAGAAUCUGAUCAAAAUUCUUCCACAGGGCACUCGAGCUCAAAUUGACGCAAGCCGUUUUCACAUUCCGCCUGUAUUCGGAUGGUUGUCCAAAGAAGGAAAUCUCUCACCCCAAGAAAUGCUACAAACAUUCAACUGUGGGAUUGGAAUGGCUCUAAUUGUUGGAAAAGAAUACGCUCAAACGGUUCUCGAGAGACUUCAAAGUCUUAGAGCAACUACUAUUGGAUGUGUGUUGAAGUCCACCUUUGAAGCACCCAAAGUGAACGUGCAAAAUUUUUCCGAGACCCUUCGAGUAUGCCAACUGACAAGCUGUCUUCCCAAGAAACGUAUAGCAGUGUUGAUAUCUGGCUCAGGAAGCAACCUUCAAGCGUUGAUUGACGCAUCAAGGGACACCUCUUUCGGAAUUCGUGGAGAAAUUGUAUUCGUAUUAGCGAAUAAGAGCGACAUAUUCGGGUUAGAACGCGCAGCUAAGGCAGGUGUCCCGUCCAAGGUUAUUCUGCACAAGCAAUAUCCAACCAGAGAGCUGUUCGACGCAGCUAUGUCGGAGGAGCUUGAACGGCAUAAAAUUGACCUCAUCUGUUUGGCUGGUUUUAUGCGUAUUCUAUCGGAAGACUUCGUCAAGAAGUGGAAGGGACGUUUGAUCAAUAUACAUCCAGCACUGCUCCCAAAACACAAGGGGAUUCAUGCUCAACGACAGGCGCUGGAGGCUGGGGAUUCUGAGUCGGGAUGUACGGUACACUACGUGGAUGAAGGAGUAGAUACCGGAGCCAUCAUUCUGCAGGAAGCAGUGCCGGUGUUAAAUGAUGACACCGAGCAGACGCUGACCGAAAGAAUCCAUCGUUCGGAACAUGUUGCGUUUCCGAAAGCCCUGCGAUUGGUAACCAAUGGGUUGAUUAGCCUUGGCAAAGAUGGUAAAGUACAAUGGCAUUAGGAUGACGAGAAACUGAGACCACGUAUGGAUAAGAGUAUCUGUUAAUGUUUGAAAUAAAUUGCUGUAAUAUUAAUAAA